AUGGUUGAUGAUGACUCGCCGUUGCCGGAGACGGAAAUUAAAGAGAAAUUGAUCAGCUCCUUUAUCAAGAACACAUCUCCGUCGAGAGAAACAGCUAUAACCUUUCUUGAAACUCACCAUUGGGAUCUCGACGCUGCCGUCUCAGCCUUCACUGAAAACAAUGUCCUCGCCGACGCCGCCGCGGAGUCAAAUGGAAUCGUCGCUGCUCGAACUAUACCUUCGAAUCUCCGAAUCAACAUCCCUGUUUCAUCUCAUUCUCCGCCUCGUAACUAUUCCGAUCACGUUCCGUCGCGAUUACGGUCUCGAUCACCACUGCCUCCUUCUCUUGCCAGAUACCCUCUCGCUUCAAACCAAGAACUCGCCAGAAAAAUCUAUUUUCUCUGUGGUCUAUCCGGCGGAACUGAUAGCAAUUCCGACGAAGCAGAGGAGGACUACAACGGGGGAGAUCAAAGUGGGACGAUUGUGCAAGAUCCUAAGAAUGAUGAUGAUGUUGAUGAUGAUGACGAAGCUAAGGAGUCAGAUGUACAAACACCUAUACAAACAACUUAUAGAAUUAUUUUACCUGAGCCACAAGUGGUCUUCGAGUAUAUUGUAACUAUAUGGAGGAAUGGUUUCACUGUCGAUGAUGGUCCGUUAACGACGCUGGAUGACCCGGACGAUGCGCAUUUUCUUGAGAUCAUAGAAAGUUUGGAGUCUCCACGUGACCUCAAUCCACAAGAUACUAAUCUCCGUGUUCGUGUCAAACUCAUCAGGCGUCAAGAAGAAGACUUCAAUGACUCACCGUUCCAAGGUGUCGCAAGAACUCUAGCCGGACCAGACCCUGCACCCACUGAGCCACAAGCUUCGUCACCGCCACCAUCAAUGGACCUAGUGGUAGAUCCAGCAGCGCCAAUUACCUCGAUCCAGCUCAGAUUAGCGGACGGUACACGCAUUGUUUCCCGGUUUAAUACUCACCUCACCGUUAGAGACGUACGAGGGCUCAUAGACGAGUCCAGACCAGGUGGCUCCAGAGACUACCAGCUACUCAUCAUGGGGUCUCCUCCUAAACCGGUGCUUGACUUUGACCAGACCAUUGAGAAAGCUGGCAUCUCCAACUCUGUCCUCAUCCAGAAAUACUAA